GCGAGUGUGUGACAGUUCGUCGCCUGCUUUCGUACAACAAGGAAGUGGAGGGUAUGUCACUGAAGGGAAACCUGCAACGAACGUGAAGCGCUAGUUUCCCCCUCCGAGACUGCUGACAUCUUCCAACCAGCUCCAUGGCUUUGUGGAUCAGCUGACUGUAGUUUCUUUUGAAGAUGGAUAUGAACAGAGACAGCAGGGCCAUGUCUGCAUGUACUUCAUGAUUUCCUUCAGCGCGAAGAGAUUUGAAUGCUGAGCCCUCAUUAGCUGCCUGUUAGUGGGAUUGUCCAUACCUGUGUUCAAACAUGGCUCCUGUUCCUCCAGGGGUCCGCCUGCUGGUGUCCUUUGACAGGGACCAAUGUCUAUUAUUAAACAAAGAAGAGAAAUGGCCAAGUUACCUGCACCUCUCCACCCUCAUCCCCAACAGUCUGAAGAAAGGUUUGAUACUCUGCUCCUCCAGACCACAUAGGCCAGAUACUGAACUCCACAUUGCCCCAUCAAGGUACAGAGCUCUCACCUUCAUCCUAACCUUCUUGCUCUACACCAGUUUCCACCUGUCCAGGAAACCAAUUAGUAUUGUCAAGAGUGAGCUUCAUAAGAACUGCUCAGCUGUCAGUGAAGCAGCCAUCAUUGCAUCCAGCAGCAGCCAGCAGCCCUCCCUGCUAUCUCUCCACACAGAUGUCGACUGCGGCUGGAAACCUUUUGAUAAAAGCAAUUACAAACAGCUGCUGGGAGCCAUGGACUACUCCUUUCUGUGUGCUUACGCAAUUGGAAUGUACUUGAGCGGCAUUAUCGGGGAGCGCCUGCCCAUUCGUCUGUACCUCACAGUGGGCAUGCUGGCCAGCGGUGUGUUCACUUGCCUAUUCGGGCUUGGCUACAUCUACAACAUCCACAACCUGAGCUUCUAUAUAUUUGUCCAGGUGGCCAAUGGCUUGGUUCAGACCGCUGGUUGGCCUAGUGUAGUGACCUGUAUCGGCAACUGGUUUGGAAAAGGAAGGCGUGGACUCAUCAUGGGGCUGUGGAACUCUCACACUUCAGUGGGAAACAUCUUGGGCUCUCUGAUUGCCGGCUACUGGGUCUCCUCCAACUGGGGCAUGUCCUUCAUCGUACCAGGGCUCAUCAUCAUCAUCAUGGGCGUGGUUUGCUUUCUCUUUCUCAUUGAGCAUCCUAAUGACCUAAAAAACAUCUAUACACAAAAUUCAUCUCUAGGCAAGACUGUCCCAAGCAAGAGUUGGAAUGGAGUGAACGGACACACAGAGGUGUAUCUACAGUACAAGGACAACAAAAAUCAGAGCUACGACACAGAGCUCCUGUUGCCUAGAGAGAGCGAGCGCAUCCCCAUGCAGCCGGUUGUGGUGGUGAAGAGUGAGUCGGAGCCGUCUGCCAUCAGCUUCAUGGGAGCGCUACGGAUACCUGGAGUGGUGGAGUUCUCUCUGUGUCUGCUGUUUGCUAAGCUGGUCAGCUAUACUUUCCUCUUCUGGCUGCCGCUCUACAUCACCAAAGCAGCUCACCUGGAUGCCAAAAAGGCUGGAGAUCUGUCCACACUGUUUGAUGUGGGAGGAAUUGUGGGGGGCGUCUUAGCAGGUGUGAUCUCUGAUAAAUUGGGGAAGCGAGCCACCACCUGUGCAGUCAUGUUACUGCUAGCUGCUCCUACACUUUACGGCUUCUCCAUGAUCAGUGAGUUUGGUUUGGGGCCAAUGAUUGGGAUGCUGUUAGUGUGCGGAGGUCUAGUGAAUGGACCGUAUGCGCUCAUCACAACUGCAGUGUCUGCUGAUUUGGGCACCCACAAGAGCCUGAAAGGCAACGCCAGAGCACUGUCUACAGUCACAGCCAUCAUUGAUGGCACAGGAUCUGUAGGCGCAGCACUCGGCCCGCUGUUAGCUGGACUGCUGUCUGCAGGCGGCUGGGAUCAGGUCUUCUACAUGCUGAUGACUGCUGACUUUCUUGCUCUGUUGCUUUUGCUACGGCUCGUGACAAAGGAGCUGGCCUCAUCUAAAUCCCAUCCUAUCUCCACUGUAGAGUUGAAGGAACACUGAGCACUUUGAUUGCACUGUGUACACACCUACACGCAGAGUGCAAUGAAACCACUUAAGGUUGAUAUGGAUUGUGACUGGACUGCCCUGACAGAUGAAACUGAUUGUUAAUAAACCAGCGUGUAUGCUUGUGUGCGCCUACAAUCAUGCUGCAGUGCUUUACUGAUGAAGAGCUAUGACUGAAGCUGUAGCUGCUGCGCUGAGCAAGCAGCGCGGCACACAGUUUAAAAGUCUCAUGUGCACUUACUGUACUUGCUUAACUUCCCAAUGUCCCUCUUAGCCCUUGAAUUCAGUUUGAACUUGAUGACUGGUAUGUCUUGCUGCUCACUUGUAUGUUGGAACUUUUUCAACCUUACCUGUCCAGUUAAUUUAAGGGGCUAUUUGUAAUUGUGUGCCUUUUACAGUGGUACCUAGCUUUGAUAGUUGUUUUUUAAAGUUAUCAAUCACAGAAUUAAGAAGAGCUUCAUCAAAGCUGGGGUCGUUGCCAGGACUAAAAAAACGUCAGACCUGCUACAAAAACAGCAAGCAUGCAGUUUUUACACUUUACUUCCUGUGUAGUUCUGUAGCAAAUAUACAGAAAACAUACAUGAUAGAGUCUCAGGUAACACUGUACUCGCCCAGGACUUCAUGAUAAAUAGCACUUUAACGAUUGUAGUUCUGCCAAUUAGAACCACUAAAACUGGAAACACCACAGGUUGCUAGGUCUCUGUGUCCUUACUGUCUUUUUUGUAUGAAUAGUGUUUUAUAUUGUUGGUGUUUGUAUUGGCAAAAUUUUCAUACAGUUCAUUUAUUUGGUGCCAUGUGAGCUGUCUGUCAAAGUUUGAGGCUUAUGAGGAGGACUGAUAUUUUUAUUUUUAUUGUUGUACUGGGAUAAAUUCAUAUACCUCUACCCAAAACCUGGACAGAACCACUUCUUAAUAUCGUGCCUAGAGCUGUUAACUUUUUUUGAAAUAAAAUUUAAUCAGAUAGCAGUCAUCUAGAAACGGUGAUGCAGAACUAAUUCCAUCAUAUCUGUUGAAGAGAAGAAGGAAAACAAAGACCACCUCGUUGAACCAAAGAGAUGAUGGGAUUGGUUUAGUUUACAUGUGUAUUUAUUUUGAAAAUCAUUUUUGUUUCCUUUUCCAUUGUCCUGUGGUAGUCUGUGAUUUAGUAAUAAAACGAAUGUAGCUGA